GACGAGGGGAGCAGGACAAACACGACCAGAUGGUUCGCAUCCUGGAGGGCCGAGCAGAGGAUCAGUUGGAAAGGGAAGCGGAAGCCGGGUUGGCAGCACAGCUCUGCGCCGAAAUUUGCCAGAAGUGCGUCGACGACAAGCGCACCGGUUUGCUGUACGGCGAGUGGCUAGUGGAGGUCGAUCGUAACGAUUUUGGUACUUUGAAGGCACUGUCCCUUGCGAAGCUGUUCAAGUGCAGCCUGGACAACAAGUUAAGCACAGCGCAAGAGCAGCGCGUGCGGGAUCUGGUCGGGCUGCCUAAAGCCGGGUACGCCGCCCAUCCGAAAAAAUUUCCGGACUACUACGCUGCGGCAAAGCGCAAGCCAGAUGACAAGGCAUACCAGAGCGGCCGGCUACUGGGCAGGCUCUACCAGCGCGGGAGGAAGAUAUACGAAAAUAAGAGGCCGCUUUACGACAAGAUGUUUCGCCGGGGCAGCAUCGCGUCGGAGCGAGGUAGCUGGUCGGUCGAGCGGUUUCUGAGCAACUACGAUUGCCGUCAAGUGGCUGGCGUGCCGUCGACCACUGCCACGAACGCGCGCGCGGAAGAGGGAAGCAGGCUGUUUUUGAAAAAAUGCACGGAGCAGUAUCAACAAGUCGAAAGCGCGGCGAAAGCCGACGAUCGUGACGGGAAGCAACGAGUUUACAUGUUUUCUCUCACCGACAACGAGUUUCAGAAUCACCGAGGUGACCCUGCGUUGCUACUUUCGUUGUUGCGAGCGGCUUGCUCAAGCGUUCUCGGGAACAUCGCCCCAAGCAACGCGAAUCCGAGUCCCUUCAACGGUUGGGACGAGCUGAAGGCGGUCUUUUACUUCUUCGCAGAGGAUUUAGCAAAACUUCGGAUCCGAGCAGUGGCAAAUCCGCUUCCGCACGCAAUGCAGCAAUCUAGUGUCGCUGUUCCUUUGCAGUACCCGACUGAAGAUACGACCUACAACUACACCGCAGCUCCUGCUGGAGAGCUCAGGGUGGUACACACGAACCUGUCGCCAAACGCAUUGCAAGUCGUCGUCGAGUCGAAUGCUCGUGACAAAUCUCACGCCGCACAUGGUAUGCCCAGCCUUGAUGAAGAGACGGAACAGCCGUACACCCUGC